AUGGCCUUUGUCUUCAAGCGAGGUGCACGCAAGGAACGCGUUCAGUUUGACAAGAUUACUGCACGGAUUCAGAAGCUUUGUUAUGGCCUCAACGAGAACUUUGUCGAUCCCAUUGAGUUCACGCAGAAAGUUGUUGCUGGAGUGUAUCAUGGCGUCACCACAGUAGAGCUGGAUAAUCUUGCAGCAGAAACAGCUGCCUACCUCACAACUAAACAUCCAGACUACGCUGUUCUGGCCGCCCGCAUUGCCGUCUCAAAUCUACACAAAGAGACGAAGAAGAACUUUUCACAGGUUAUCAAGGACCUUUACGAGUAUGUGAACCCCAAAAACAGGCGACCUGCAGGCAUGAUCUCACAGGAAAUAUAUGAAAUCGUUCGUGAAAAUGCCGAGGCACUGGACUCUGCUAUCAUCUACAAUCGUGACUUCAGUUUCAACUUCUUUGGCUUCAAAACCCUUGAGCGAUCCUACCUUCUCCGACUCAACGGUCGUGUAGCGGAGCGGCCACAACACAUGAUCAUGAGAGUUGCCGUUGGCAUUCAUGGCAGAGAUAUUGAUCGAGUCGUGGAGACAUACAAUCUAAUGUCUGAACGCUAUUUCACGCAUGCUUCACCAACGUUGUUCAACGCCGGAACACCACAUCCUCAGCUUAGCUCGUGCUUCCUUGUGUGUAUGAAGGACGACUCCAUAGAGGGCAUCUACGAUACGCUCAAAAAUUGUGCCAUGAUCAGCAAGACGGCGGGAGGUAUCGGUUUAAGCAUUCAUUGUAUUCGUGCUACAGGGUCUUACAUUGCUGGAACGAAUGGCUACUCCAACGGUAUUGUCCCGAUGCUGCGUGCAUACGAUGCCACCGCCCGCUAUGUCGACCAAGGAGGCAACAAGCGUCCUGGUGCCUUCGCCAUCUACAUCGAGCCAUGGCAUGCUGACGUCUUCGAAUUCCUUGAUUUGAGGAAGAACCACGGAAAGGAAGAAGUCCGCGCCCGUGAUCUCUUCUACGCCCUAUGGAUUCCGGAUCUUUUUAUGAAACGGGUUGAGGCCAACGGAGACUGGUCCUUGUUCUGCCCUAACGAGGCAGCAGGCCUUGGCGAGGUUCAUAGUGCCGAAUUUGAGGCUUUGUAUGAGAAGUACGAGAAGGAAGGUCGUGCCCGCAAGUCCAUUCCUGCUCAGAAGUUGUGGUAUGCUAUUUUAGAAGCUCAGAUCGAGACUGGAGGUCCUUUCAUGGUCUAUAAAGAUCACGCAAACAGCAAAUCCAACCAAAAGAACCUUGGCACCAUCAAGUCGUCAAACCUUUGCACGGAAAUCAUUGAGUACUCCUCCCCAGAGGAGACUGCCGUCUGCAACCUCGCAUCUCUCGCCUUACCCACCUUCAUCUCAAACGGCAAAUACGACUUCCAGAAACUCCACGACGUCACAAAGGUUGUUGCCUACAAUCUUAACAGAAUCAUCGAUGUCAAUUACUAUCCAAUUCCCGAAGCCCGUCUCUCAAACAUGCGUCACCGCCCUAUUGGUGUUGGUGUGCAAGGUCUCGCAGAUACUUUCAUGGCUUUGCGCAUGCCCUUCGACUCUCCAGCUGCCAAGGAGCUCAACAUCCAGAUAUUUGAGACCAUCUACCAUGGUGCUCUUGAGGCUAGCUCUGAACUUGCCGAGCGAGAUGGUCCCUAUGAGACCUGGAUGGGCAGCCCUGCUCAAUUGGGCCAAUUGCAAUACGAUUUGUGGGGUGUAACGCCCACCGGUUUGUGGGACUGGACUUCGUUGAAAGAGAAGAUUGCUCGCACUGGUUUACGAAACUCGCUCUUGGUUGCGCCUAUGCCGACUGCCUCCACCAGUCAGAUUCUUGGAAACAAUGAGUGUUUUGAGCCAUAUACCAGCAAUAUUUACACACGGCGUGUCCUUGCCGGCGAGUUCCAAGUCGUAUGCCCUUGGCUCCUCCGUGAACUUGUCGACCUCGGUUUAUGGGAUGACAACAUGAAGAACAUGAUCAUCGCACACAACGGCUCUGUGCAAAACAUCCCCACUAUCCCCGACGACGUCAAAGCCAUCUACAAGACCGUUUGGGAGAUCAGCCAGAAGAAGGUUCUCGACCUUGCUGCUGAUCGUGGCGCUUUUAUUUGCCAGAGCCAGAGUCUCAAUGUGCAUCUGCAAGCGCCAACGCUCGGCCAGCUGACUAGCAUGCACUUCUACGGCUGGAAGAAAGGGUUGAAGACGGGCAUGUACUACUUGAGGACGAGGCCUGCUGCGUCAGCUAUCCAAUUCACUGUCGACCAGAGCUUGUUGAAGGAGGUUAAGCAGCAGAAAACGGAUGCGGCCAAAGUGAAGGCUCAGGCGAACGGCAUCCCCACGGCUAGCUCGUCGUCAUCGUCGACUCCUGUUGCACCCAGCACCCCAGUCAAACCCGUUGUCAUCAAACAAGAGCCAGUCACUCCAUCGCUGGCUACCCCUUCUGCACCUGCAGCGUCGUCGUCCUCAUCAUCGUCUGUAGAGACCCCUACCGACUUGCUGGCGUCGUUGGAUGAGAGGACGCGCAAGGCAGCUGAGGCUGAUCCUGAUUUCGCUGCUGCUCUUCAACGACAGCGCGACCGCGAGCUUGAGGACGCCAAGCUUCAGUGCUCGUUGGAGAAUAAGGAUGCUUGCUUGAUGUGCUCUGGUUGAUCAUUGUGUCGACCUAGAUAGAUGUUUUUGACUUGACUUUCGAAAGGAUAUGAUGAGAUUUUGUAUUUGUAUUGUUACAAUUGAGUUUUUGCUAUCGCUACU